AGGAAGAGUAGUAGUAGUUAGAACGUCAGAACUCAGAAAGUCUGCUUCAGAGGAAGCUUUCAACAUUCUUCAAAAAAUGGCAGAUUUAAGAAUCGGUCAAACUCUGCCUCCCGAUCCAAACUCUUCUUCUUUAUUACAAAUCUAACAAACCCAUUAACUCCAAACCCCUAAAUCCCUAAUCUUCAUUCUCCGAUCUAAAUCCCAGAAAAAUCUACUCUGUUUCUCACUAAGCUACUCUGUUUCCAAUGGCUUGUUUCUUGAAAUGCGUCCCGUUCAAUGUCACCCCGACGAUCACGGACAAACCCACAAGCAAAGAAGGAUCUCUAGCCGUCUCCGGCGUCACCCGUUACAGCUGGGAUGACGUUGAGGCUCUCACUUCCAACUUCUCUAGACUGAUUGGUUCUGGUGGCUACAGCAGUAUCUACAUGGCUCGCUUGUCUAGCUCAGCCAAAGCUGCUCUCAAGGUUCACGUUAGCAGCCACCGUCUUUACAAGAUCUUCAAACUCGAGCUUGAUAUCUUGCUCCGUCUUCACCAUCCAAAUAUCGUCAAGCUUCUCGGCUAUUUCGACGAUUCAGAAGAAAAUGGUGCUCUUCUUCUUGAAUACCUUCCACAAGGGAACCUACAAGAGAAGCUACAUAGAAACAGCAAACAAGUCUUGCCAUGGAGGAACCGCGUCGCCAUUGCGUUGCAGCUAGUUCAAGCCAUUGAACACAUUCACGAGAAAUGUAUCCCUCAGAUCGUGCACGGGGACAUCAAAUCUUCCAACGUGCUUCUUGACAAAAACUUAAACUCUAAGCUUUGUGAUUUCGGGUCAGCCAAAGUCGGGUUCUCUUCGAUGGUUCAGCCGUCUACGAUGUCACCUAGAUCAAGACAUGUUACCAUGGUGGGAUCUCCGGGGUACACAGACCCACACUACUUAAGAACCGGGGUUGCUUCUAAGAAGAUGGAUAUGUAUGGGUUUGGAGUUGUGGUUCUUGAGUUGGUUUCAGGAAAAGAAGCGUUUUCUGCUGGCAAAGGCGAGAUGCUGGCUCAUGUAGCGGCUCCACUUAUCCAAGAGAUUCUUGAUCAUUCAAGUGUAGACGUUGCAGAAGACAGUGUGAGAGGGUUUUUGGAUCCGAGGUUGUUAAGAGAUAGCAUUGAUAUUAUCGAUGAAGUGAAGGCAAUGCUGAGUGUGGCUGCGCUCUGUAUCGGUAGCCCACCAUCUCUAAGACCUUCAGCCUCUCGAGUGGCGGAAAGUCUUAUACAGAAGAUCCCAUCUUUGAGUUUCCUUGGUUGUGGUAAAAAGCGUGUGAUUUGAAGGCAUCCAAUGAUUUUUAAAUUUUUGUUUGAAUAGGGCUGUGUGAAACUAAGUAAAUAACUCUUUGUUUUGUUAUGUGAAUAGCAUCCGGAAAUAACAUUUCGUGUAA